AUGGAGCCCGCCCGGGAGCCGGCCCGCGAGCCCCCCGCGCGGACCCGGCCGCCGCCGCCCCCCGCCGCGCGCCCCGCGCCCGCCCCCGCCGCGCCCAGGCCGCGCUCGCCGGCCGAGGCCGAGGGCCGCGGGCCCGAGGGGCUGCUGCGGCGAUCGGGGUCGGGCUACGAGGGCAGCACCAGCUGGAAGGCGGCCUUGGAGGACACCACCACGCGGCUCCUGCUGGGGGCCAUUGCUGUGCUUCUGUUCGCCAUCCUGGUGGUGAUGAGCAUCUUGGCUUCCAAGGGCUGUAUCAAGUGCGAAGCGCCCUGCCCGGAGGACUGGCUGCUCUACGGAAGGAAAUGCUACUUCUUCUCCGAGGAGCCGAGAGACUGGAACACGGGCAGGCAGUACUGCCACUCUCAUGAGGCCGCCCUGGCUGUGAUUCAGAGCCAGAAGGAGCUGGAGUUUAUGUUCAAGUUCACGCGGAGGGAGCCCUGGAUUGGCCUGCGCAGAGUUGGGGACGAGUUCCACUGGGUCAAUGGGGACCCGUUUGAUCCGGACACAUUCACCAUCUCGGGCCCCGGCGAGUGUGUCUUCGUGGAACCCACCAGGCUGGUGUCGACCGAGUGCCUGAUGACCCGGCCAUGGGUGUGCAGCAAGAUGGCCUACACAUGAGGAGGGUCGGGCCAGAGGCCGCCCUCCGCCCAGGCCUGAGUGUGCUGGCUCUGGCUCCGAGACCUGCCUCCAGCAGAGCUGCCAGCCUCUCCGAGGUGAAGUAGCUGGGGGGGUGGGGGUGGUCUCUGCCCCGGCCCCUUUCCCAGGCCCCCGAGCUCCUGGUCUCCUGUGUCCCCAGGCAGGUCCUGUGGCUCAGCAGUUAAAUCCUCGAUGCUAAAUGAUGUAGACAUCUGUCCCCCAUACUCACGCAGGCGCAGGCACAGUCCCCUCUCAAGCUCAGUCCGCCUUAGCCAGCCUCCCAGGUCAUUCCUUCCUCACUGCAGCUCUGGUGCUUUGGGUAGGACAGGGCGGGCACCGAUCGGGUUGCUGUGGCCCAGCAGGCCCACUGUCCCUGAUGGGGUCUCUCUUACCUUGGCCAGUCCCCUGCAUCCACCCUCUGCCUGGCUCGGGGGUCUCGGGCAGGGCCCCUGCUAUGUCCGCGGUGCUGUUGUCUUGGUCACUAACGGAAUAAAGAGAUGACUGGCAUCCCAAGAA